CCACUUGCAACUCGGAAGGCUGGUGUCCGAGGCAUCUGGAUCACACCAUUAGUCUCAGAUCGGGGGCGGGAUUCGGGCGCUCAACGCACUACGGAACAAAGUUAGUUUCGUAACACAGGCAAAGUGCUAUGACUAAAAGUAACAUUAUGUUAAGUUAACACAAAGAAAGAAGACGGCGGCGGAUACAUUGCCCAUUGCUUAAUGUCAACAACAAAACAAACUGUCAGUCUCGUGGAAGCUAACCCCGGAACUAACACGGUGCUAACAGGCUACAGCAGCUAGCUCAGGGUGACAGCGUGGGGACUGUCCCAAACACGAACAUUGACUAGAUUUUAGUUUCUGGAUCGGCGGCGAGCAGAAGUGUGAGAGGUCUGAACCACCUGUCGCCUUGAGAUGUCUUCGAGGGGAGGCUUCUCCAGCCCUCCGCUGAACGCGGGUAUGAACCCUAUGAUCGCUGGCCACACACCUGGGAUGAGGAUGGCCGGGAUGCCGCAUAACCUGUCGGGGUACCACCGGUCCAUGGUCGGUGUCCCUCAGUAUCAUCAGCGGCCAGGAAUGCAGCCCCACAGAGGAGGGGCCCCAUUAGGGAGUAUGGGGUCAAUGGGGGGCCAGAUGCCGGGGCCCUCCUAUGGUGGAGGGAACAUGGCCAUGCGUCCAUCCAUGGGACCGGCAACAAUGGAUCCCUCCAGAAAACGGUUCCUUCACCAGCAGCAGCAGCAGCAGCAGCCUCAGGGGGCCAUGGUGGGGGCCCUUAGACGAGGGGCAAAAAGACGCAAGAUGGCUGAUAAGGUCCUCCCACAAAGGAUCAGAGACCUGGUUCCUGAGUCCCAAGCCUACAUGGACCUCCUGGCCUUCGAGAGGAAGCUGGACCAGACCAUCGCCCGCAAACGAAUGGAGAUCCAGGAGGCCAUCAAGAAACCCAUCACACAGAAGCGCAAGUUGAGGAUCUACAUCUCCAACACCUUCACCGCCGCCAAGCCUGAGGCUGAGGACCAUGAGAAGGUGGCAUCCUGGGAGCUGAGGGUGGAGGGCAAACUUCUAGAGGAGUCUGGGAAGCAGAAGAGAAAGUUCUCGUCGUUCUUCAAGAGCCUGGUCAUCGAACUUGACAAGGAGCUAUAUGGACCUGACAACCACCUGGUGGAGUGGCACAGAAUGGCCGCCACUCAGGAGACGGAUGGCUUCCAGGUCAAGAGGCCCGGGGAGAUCAACGUGAAGUGUACCCUGCUGCUAAUGCUGGACCACCAGCCCCCCCAGUAUAAGCUGGACCUGCGUCUGGCCAGGCUGCUGGGCGUCCACACCCAGACCAGAGCCAGUAUCAUGCAGGCGCUGUGGCUGUACAUCAAGACCAACAAGCUGCAGGACUGCCACGAGAAGGAGUUCAUCAACUGUAACCGCUACUUCAGACAGAUCUUCAGCUGUGCUCGUAUGAAGUUCUCUGAGAUCCCCAUGAAGCUGGCGGGUCUGCUGCAGCACCCUGACCCCAUCGUCAUCAACCACCUCAUCAGUGUGGAGUCGCUGGAGCAGAAGAAGACGGCGUGCUACGACAUUGACGUAGAGGUGGACGACCCCCUGAAGGGCCAGAUGAACGGCUUCCUGUCCUCCACCACCAACCAGCAGGAGAUUGCCGUGCUGGAGAUGAAGAUCCACGAGACCAUCGAGUCCAUCAACCAGCUGAAGACCCAGAGAGACUUCAUGCUGAGCUUCAGCAACCACCCCCAGGACUUCAUCCAGGACUGGCUCAAGUCCCAGAGCAGGGACCUGAAGCUGAUGACGGAUGUGGCGGGGAACCCGGAGGAGGAGAGGAGGGCAGAGUUCUAUCAGUCUCCCUGGUUACCAGAGGCUGUGGGCCGAUACGUCUACUCCAAGGUAGCUUCCAACCUGUCGCCACUGCACCAUUCUCAAUAUGGCUCACGAAACAUUUAGGUGCAGCAGCGGAGGCAGGAGCUGGAGCAAGUGUUGGGCAUUCGGCUCACUUGAGCACAUGGCCGAUCCAGCGUUCUAGAUUUCUCAGGCCUUCACUUCCUCUUUUUGGGAUUUCCACACGUUCAGUGUUUCUGCUAGAUUUGUUCUUUUGUGUAAUCCUUAAUCCGAUUUUUGCUUUAAAUUGCCAAACAAGCUCACGUUUUAUACGAUUAUCUUGUGGAACCAAGGGCCAGCAGCGUUUCCGUGGUUAUCUCGCCCGUUGCCAUGGUUUCUAGUCCCAUGAUAAUAAUUUGACCACAUACUUUUUGGGGGCCAUUCUGUGAUAUUAUAUAUGAAAUAUAUAAAAAAUAGUUUGACAUGCUUUAUUCACUUUUUAAUGUUGAACCUAAGCCAGGUUCAGGCCGACUUGGCCUUGUCUCAUAUGUAUGUGGUACGGUGUGCUGAGGCAGUGGUGCUUCCUUUCCUGCUAUUUUUGUGCGUGUGCGAUCAGCAACAGUUGUCUUGUGUUGGUCCUACUUUGGAAAAGCCAUACUCUGUAGAGGGAAAUCCAAGCCAAUUUUGUCAUAUCAGUGAGUGAGCGGGUGGGAUGAAAUUGGUGUUUAUAUCAGAUAUAUCCAUUUUAUUGCAAUGUUAUGUACAUGUUUGUGAUUGGUUAAACAGUUUGGUUUAUCUACUGAUUUUUUUAUUUCUUAUGCAAUAUGCAACAAUAUUCAAAGGCAUCUAUGGAGGGUCUUGUUUAUUUGUAUUCUUUGUGAAAAUCUGUUUUUAGGGGGGUCCACUUGUGUCCAGCUGUUCUGACUCAAUAGAGUGGAGGGGUUGAGAUUUUUUUGUACCACUUGAAUGUUGCCGUGCUGUUCCAGUGUGUUGUGUUGAGUGUCCAUGUCUCCAAGCCAGGAAAGGGAGUUCAUGCUAGGCUAAGUCUGGGGGGCUUCCUGGAAGCUGUAACGCUUGAGUCGUAUCCCCUGAGGUGGAACGCUUUUGAUUACACAGGAAUGUAAAUGCAAUCACAUUGUAGUAAUGAACCAUCUCGAUCCGUGGUUCGCCGUGUUUUGGAAUCGUUCUAUGUUUGGGGAAGGAAUUGUGAAGCUAGCCGGACCCUUGGAUGGGUCUAAACAGUCCAUGUUGUAGCACUGUCUAAAACUGUUCUAAUGAAACCGUUUGGACUUUGUGAAAUGGUGCUGUUUAAGUUCUUUAUUUUUCAUAUAAAUGUUAAUGAGAAAUGUUUGCUUGUUUUAUGGUUCAUCAAAUGAACCAUAUUAUCUUUUUAUACCUUUUUGAUAUAUUUUAAUAAAAUAUCCAACAGAA